GCAACAGAUUGUCGUUCAGUUGUCUUUGGUUGCUUGCCGCGAUAGCUCGCAUCAGAUAGAUACCUCUCCUCGUGGCUUUGUCCAAAUCGUUGGAUUCGCAGUUCCGGUUCGGAAUCCUCAAUAAACUGACUGUUCAGUUGUGCGGAAAACUGGACGACUCAACUCUAGAUUUAGUGAUGCACAUGAAUGGAACAGAAAUCUAGAGUUUAUGUUCUGCGUCAAACAGAAAGGUGUGAAACGAAACGAACCAUUGCUGUUCUUUCCGAAUGUUAUGAAUGAAAAUAUUGCUGUUGAGACUCUUUCGACACAUCACUGGAGAAAAGUAGAAAUAGUGCGUUUUGUGUUUGCGAAUUCGCUUUGCCGGUGAUGACAAUGUGAAAAUCAAGCCUCGAUAGUGCGAUAGUCGCUAAGAACCAAUAAGUGUCCAAGUACCCCGGUAUUUCUUGAAGGGCUGUAUGAGUCACGCGCGUUCAACUAGUUUCGAAGUGUGCUAAGUACUCAAAUUGAAUCAGUUCUGGAAAAUAAGGGUUUGUCGUUACCUAUCGAACGAAUUGCUGGGACGCUAUCACUUGCGGCCGCCAGUUCUCAACAAAUCACAGACAUUAGGUGCUCCAGUGGCUUGGUUGAUUUUCCAUCGUGGGUAAAUUUCCGGUUUCCUGUUUGUCUAAUUUCAACAAAUCGUUCCGUGCGAAAAAGUUUGUUUGUGUUGCUUCUUGCCUAAGAGAAUUUCCAGAACAAAACAAAGCAGUUUCGCCCAUCCGCAGCAUCCCACCUUGGAAUCAGUGGCGGUGACUAACUCUUUGGGACACAUUAACGGUUGAAUUUCGCUGCGAAACUGUUGGAUUCGUUAGACGUCCUCUAGACGCAACUGCAAACUGUGACGACGUGGCUUGUCAAACGGCUUUGAAGAAAAUACCGUCGAUGUGACAACUGUGCGUAGGAUGAGAUGGUUUUAAAUGUCAUUUAACAUGUUCGAUUAAGAAAGAUCACCAUUCCACAAUCUAAAAGGGGACCAGCAGCAGUGUUACACAAGACCCAAAGAAGAAACGAAUCACAAUGAAGAUCAACACAAAGUACGUGUGCGCGUUGCUGGCAGUGUUCAGUGUGAAAUACAUUAGCUGUGAUAGUUUGCCGUGCGAUUUUAUCGAUUCGAUCAACAUCACUGACGGAGUUCGUGACGCGCUGGGAAAUAUAAUCCACAACAACAUUCUCUACAAACCCAAGUAUUACCGGACGAUCGAUUAUGAUUAUGAAAAUUUUUCCACCAAAAAGUUUGUCAACGAGUACAUUCGGGGGUGUCCUUGCGCGGUGCGGUUAUGCGUGAGAAUGUGCUGCCCGGAAGGCACGGUCAUGCAUGACUAUCAGUGCCUGCCAACGGUGGAUCGACUGGAGGUGCUGGUUAAUACCACGUUGUUUAACGCGGAGCGCAGUUUUGAUGUGGUGGAUUUGGCGGAAAACAACAUGUAUGGGUUUCUGUACGGCAAGCCGUGCGAGUCCGUAUAUGAGCUGAAUCGAGCGGAUGAUAUUUGGUCCUUCUCGAGGAACGGCAGCAUCAUUCAUGACUCGAGACUGCUUACCAGGAACCAGUUUUGUCUUAUGCAAAACAAUAUCUCGCAGCCGGUAACACCGUUCGUGUGCUUCGAAGCUCAAGAGGAGUUCAAGUAUGCGCUCUAUCCAAUCGGAAUGCUUCUGUCGGUGCCGUUUCUGCUGGUCACAUUCUUUGUCUAUGCCUGCAUCCCGGAACUGAGGAACAUGCACGGCAAGUCACUGAUGUGCUACGUGCUGGGAUUGGCCGCCGGCUACACGGUGCUGUCGUUGGUGCAGAUGGGCUUGUUCGAGGGAAGUAGCUUGCACUGUAAGGUGUCCGGCUAUUUGGUGUACUUCUGGUUCAUGGUUAGCUUCUUCUGGCUCAACGUCAUGUCCUUCGACAUCUAUUGGACUUUCAGAGGUGUACGAGGAGCCAAAAACACCGAGCGUAAGAAGUUCGCAAUGUAUUCGCUGUACGCAUGGGGCUGCCCAACACUGAUGAUUACGGUAUCCCUAAUUUUUGACCACACAGAGCUGAUUCCGCUGAACUACCGGCCUCAAAUUGGUGUCACCAGAUGUUUCAUCAUCGAGAACAAGUAUACGGAAUUUUUCUACAUGUAUCUUCCGCUGCUGCUGUUGGUGUUCGCAAAUAUGUUCUUCUUCGUGAUAACCGCGGUACGAAUUAUAAAAAUCCAACGCGAAACCUCAAUGGUGCGGCGGGGAGAUUCCAAGCGCCAUUCCAAGCUGGACAACGACCGUGAUAGGUUCGGCCUGUACCUGCGGCUGUUCAUCGUGAUGGGUGUGACCUGGUCGCUGGAAGUGAUCUCAUGGGCCGUGAACAACGUCGCUUGGAUUUUCUACAUCUCGGACGUGUGCAACUGCAUACAGGGCUUCCUGAUCUUCAUGCUGUUCGUGUGGAAGCAGAAAAUCAAGCGAUUGAUCUACAAAAAAUUCGGAAUUCCAUUAGGCGAAACGGAGACGUCGAUGUCAAACUCGAGCACGCGCACAACUACCACGACAAUAACGUCGUCCUUCAACGGGUCCAGAAUGGACAAACCUUUGGUGACGCGAAUAAGUUUGGAUCACCAGCAGACGGCUCCCCCAACGCCGAUGGGGGCGGAUCCCUCGGAAAAGCAACUGAAGCUAAAUCAGUUCGGCUAGAUCUGGACCGACCCGGGGAGGGCCAUCAGUUGCUGAGUCCGGUCAGUGUCGAUCGUACCACCGAGGAGACCAUGCUAACGAUAAACUGAUCGACGGGACGGUGUGGAAUGGUCGGAACAGUUUUUCUGACGAUGCGAUGUUGGGAAAAAUACCAAAGAUAAGACGAUGUUUCAUAAGUACAAAGCAUUUGACGCAGCUAGGUUUUACAUGAAGAAUUGAAAAGUGAUGAUGUGUGUCUUGUUGAGCAUGAUUCUUACCUAGGUUAAACAAAUAAAAAUACGUGCUGAGCUAUACAUAAUUUAGAUAGAUAGGGUGUACAUAUUUUUUUCAAUUUUAAGAACCUUCACGCUACACUAGUGUUUGCAAGUAUUUUGACGAUUUUAAGCUGUAAUAUUAUUCGCGAUGCCAUAUAUGUAAAGCACAUGGCUGAUUUGUUUCAAAAUAUAGUCACGUUCGAGUUAGUUACCGAAGUAUUUAAAAUACCUCCUAUAUGUCAAGAAAAUGUUAUUCAGGCUUAAAUAAAUGUGCAUUUCAUUGAAA